AUGCGCCGCCGACGGUGCGUUUCGCCGCGCGACAGCGAUCGCGGGGAACGCAGGGAGUGCUCUGGGCGCGGCCCGUCGCGGGGCGUCGUCCCGCGCGGCUUGCGUGAACAGAAAAGGGGGUCUUCAUCAACGCCCCCCUUGAUGAUCGACACUCGGCACAGCCCCCAGCGCCUCAUGGCCCGAGCCAGGCGCCGCGGAAGACGAGAGCGUGCCGAUCAGGCUCGUGCAGGUGCUGUGCCUUCAGGCCACGUGCAUCCUUCCACACCCGGUGUGCUAGAGCGCGUCUCGAGGCUGCACUGCUGCGCGGUCAUGCCGUGUACCACAGCGCCCGGGCAGGCCGUCCAGGGCGCGGCCCUGGCGCGCGUGCGGAGCCCGGCGGGCAUCCCGGCCCGCCCCUCGCGCGCCGUCUGCGCGCAGGCCCGCCGGGUGCGUGCGUCGGCGGCAGUCGACAAGAUUGCCGUGCCGGAGAUCGACGAGGUCCCGAACGCCGGCGGCGACGACCCGGACUUCUGCGGUAUGCAAGGAACUGUCAUGGACCGCACGCCAAUCGACGGAACGGGCAAGAGGUACCACAUCCACACAUUCGGGUGCCAGAUGAACCUCGCGGACAGCGAGCGCAUGGCUGGCGUGCUGGAGGCUCUGGGCUACUCCUGCACGACCACCGCGGAGGAGGCCGACGUGCUGGUCUACAACACCUGCUCGAUCCGCGACAAGGCCGAGCAGAAGGUGUACUCCGCGCUCGGGCCCCAGGCCAAGCGGAAGCGCGAGAGGGGCACGGACCUCAAGGUGGUGGUGGCGGGGUGCGUCGCGCAGCAGGAGGGCGAGGCGCUGGCGCGGCGCGUGCCGGAGGUGGACGUGGUCAUGGGCCCGCAGUUCGCCAACAAGAUCGGCGACAUGCUGCUGCGCGCCGAGACCUCCCAGGUGGUCGCGACGGAGGAGGUGCUGGUCGAGGAGGACAUCACGGCGCCGCGCCGCGACUCGGAUUUGACGGCGUGGGUCAACGUGAUCUACGGGUGCAACGAGCACUGCUCGUACUGCGUGGUGCCGUACACGCGCGGGCAGGAGCAGUCCCGCCGCGCCGAGGACAUCCGCGCGGAGAUGGAGGGCCUGGGUCAGGCAGGGUAUAAGGAGGUGACAUUGCUGGGACAAAAUGUGGACGCGUACGGCCGGGACCUGCCGGGCAUGGCCGAGGACGGCUCGGGGCGGCGCGCGUGGACCUUCACGGACCUGCUGCGCUACGUGUCGGACGUGGAGGGCAUCGAGCGGAUCCGAUUUGCCACGUCGCACCCACGGUACUUCACCGAGCGCCUUAUUGCGGCUUGUGCGGAGCUCCCGAAGCUGUGCGAGUUCUUCCACGUCCCCGUACAGGCCGGCGACAACGACAUCCUCCGGGAGAUGCUCCGCGGGUACACCCACGAGCGCUACCGCCGCAUUUGCGACAACAUCCGCCGCUACAUGCCUGACGCGUCGAUUUCGACGGAUAUCAUCGUCGGAUUCCCGGGCGAGACCGAGGAGCAGUACCUCCGCACCGAGGCGCUCAUCCGCGAGGUCGGGUUCGACCGCGUCAACACCGCGGCGUACUCCCCCCGGCCCAACACCCCCGCGGCGGACCGCCCGGACCAGGUCGCCGACCUGGUCAAGUCGGACCGGCUCAACCGGCUGAACCAGGUCGUGCUCGAGGUGGCCACGGAGCGCGCGCAGCGGUUCCAGGACCGCGUGCUGGAGGUUCUCGUCGAGGGGCGGAACCCGAAGAAUCCGGAACAGAUGAUGGGGAGGUCGCGGCACAACAAGAUGGUGUUCUUCGACGGGGACAUGGAGCUCCGCGGGCAGCUGGUGAACGUGCACAUCGACGAGUGCCGCGCCUACAGCCUCAUGGGCCACCGCACGGACGCGCCCUGCAGCUGA